CUUUCCUUACUUCGUACAUGACAGGGCCAUUAUUGGCGGACUUCUGAUUCGACUGCCCCGGAUUAAUCCCGACCGAGCUCAACUCGCCUUAUUUUCUUUGCCGAUUAGUAUUCCAUCUGUCCCGCCGGUUCGACGACCUGGCCCACGAUGACCUCUCUCUUCUUCUCCACCCCCCUCGACAUCGACGUCGUCCUCGAAGAUAGCGACGAGCGCCAGACCGUUGACGUCAAACUCGACAAGGGCCGUCGCGAACGAGUCCCCCUUUACGAAGAUGGCGAGUCCGUGAAGGGUGCUGUGACGGUGCGACCGAAGGACGGGAAGCGAUUAGAGCACACGGGCAUCAAGGUUCAGUUCAUCGGCACAAUUGAGAUGUUUUACGACCGUGGCAACCACUACGAAUUCCUUUCCUUGGUGCAGGAGCUCGCGGCGCCGGGAGAACUGCAGCACCCGCAGACGUUUCCUUUCAACUUCAAGAACGUUGAGAAACAGUACGAGUCCUACAAUGGUAUCAAUGUGAAGCUGCGAUACUUCGUCCGGGUGACGGUCUCCCGGCGCAUGGCAGAUGUGAUCCGCGAGAAGGACCUCUGGGUUUACUCCUAUCGCAUGCCGCCCGAGACGAACAGCCCGAUCAAGAUGGACGUCGGCAUCGAGGAUUGUCUGCACAUCGAAUUCGAAUAUUCCAAAUCCAAAUACCACCUGAAGGAUGUGAUCGUGGGCCGCAUCUAUUUCCUCCUGGUGCGGUUGAAGAUCAAACACAUGGAGCUUUCCAUCAUCCGGCGCGAAACAACGGGCUCUCCCCCCAACCAGUACAACGAAAGCGAAACGUUGGUGCGAUUUGAGAUUAUGGACGGUUCCCCUUCACGAGGUGAAACCAUCCCCAUUCGUCUUUUCCUUGGCGGGUUCGACUUGACGCCCACAUUCCGAGACGUGAACAAGAAAUACUCCACGCGGUAUUACCUCAGCCUGGUGCUCAUUGACGAAGAUGCCCGUCGCUACUUCAAACAGUCCGAGAUUGUCCUCUACCGUCAGGCCCCCGAGAUCGCCUCCACGCCGCAGAUUGCCCAGCAGCAGCAGAUCCAGCAGCAGCAGCUUCAACUCCAGCAACAGCAGCAGCAACAACUGCCCCCCGGUUCCGCCACGGCCGGCCCCGGACGGGAGACGUAUCCCCCCCAGACCCAGCCAGUCACGGCGCCGGCGGCUUAGUCCUCUGAUGACGGCGCUCUUCUCGUGGUUGUUGAAUUGUCUUUGUAGUGUUCUUCAUAUACCCUACCUACCGCUGUAUCCCGCUCCGCACACGAAACCGGCUUGGCCAGACGGCAGGCCCACUACGUUCAUGUAUCAUCUCAUCAUGUAACAAGAGAUAGAUCUUUCUCCGUUCCUGUCCGAACCCAAUCUACGAUCAGCGAAUCUUUA